AUGGCCGAGCGCUUCUUCAACUGCAGCGCGUGCGACGCCGAUGAGUUCUGCACGAACAUCUCGCAGCUGACCGAACUGACGAAGUUCGACAUGGACGUCAUCAUGGCCGACCCUCGUUUCAACAGCUGCACGGACCUGCACGUGCAGACGCGUGGCCUGGCCGUGGGGAUCUGCGUGCCCUACGCCGUCAUCUUCCUGCUGUCGGUGGUGGGCAACUCGCUGGUGGUCAUGACGCUGGUGCGACACCGCCAGAUGAGGACCAUCACCAACAUGUUCCUCCUCAACCUCGCCCUCAGCGACCUCCUGCUCGCCGUCUUCUGCAUGCCCUUCACGCUCGUGCCGCUACUACUGCAGGACUUCGUCUUUGGGGAGGUCAUGUGCGUGCUCAUCAGAUACCUACAAGUAAUCUGGCUGGAACAGUACGCCGUGUGUUCGGCCGGUUCCGUGACUGUGAGACUCGUGACGAGAGCAGUAUGCAGUGUGUUUGGCCGGUUCCGUGACUGUGAGACUCGUGAUAAGAGAAGUAUGCCGUGUGUUCGGCCGAUUCCGUGA